GUUAGAAUUCAAUAUGGCACAAACAUUAUCGGAGAUUGCUUUGAUGAAAGAUGAUCAAACAAAUUUCAUGGAACAAUUACAUACGCUUUCGACGACUGUAAAUACAAUGCAUGAUAAGUUCGAAUUCGAUCAUGAAACUUUGGAACAAUUAAAUAUUACUGUCAGCUUACUACAAGCAUCAAAUUAUUUACAAAAUUCAAAAUUACAUGAUCAUAUACUUAAGGUUGAAUCAUCAAAAUUACCAGAAGGUAUUCAACAUUUAAACACAUCCUCCACAAACAACAUUGUCGAAGAACUCGAAGAAGUCGAAAAUGAAUACCAUUCAAUUAUUAACAAAUUACCACACGAUUGUACUUCAGUCCAAGGACCUCCUGGCUUAUAUUUAAUCUCACCCGGACCUGGUGAACCAGUAAUGGUUUCAUGUAACAACGGUUGGACCACGGUACAACGACGUCAUGAUGGCUCAGUUGAUUUCAAUCGUAAUUGGGAUGAAUACUCACGAGGAUUCGGCUCCGCUUCCGGAGAGUUUUGGAUCGGUAAUCGUGUUCUUAAUCGAUUAACUCACGAUAAUUGUACACAAUUGCAUAUUAAAAUGAUCGAUAUCUAUGGUAAAAGUUAUUAUGCCGAAUAUGAUAAUUUCGUUGUUGAGAAUUAUCCAAAUGGAUAUCGUCUUCAUGUGAGCGGAUAUCAUGGAAACAGUAGUGAUGCUCUUGACUAUCAAAAUCAUAUGGAAUUCUCGACAAUCGAUAAUGAUCGUGAUAUCUCGAAUACACAUUGCGCCAGUAAUUAUGAAGGUGGUUGGUGGUUUUCACAUUGCCAACAUGCUAACUUAAAUGGUAAAUAUAACUUAGGCUUGACAUGGUUCGAUAGUUCACGGAACGAAUGGAUUGCAGUUGCCACAAGUGAGAUGAAAGUUAAAAGACAUCCCAUUUGUCAAGUGGCAUCAAGUAUAUCACCGUCAGACACUCAAUAAUUUCUGUGUAUAAAAACUUAAAAAAAAAAGAAGGAAUUGAAUUUAACCUAAAAAA